AUGGAGUUUUCUGCUGUGUAUCUUUUUUCUUUUCUCGUUAAUCCUAGUUCUAAGAGAAUCCUUGCACCGAAAACUGCUGAGGUGAGCGGUGCACUAACUUCGGAAGCUUUUUCUGCGGAUAGUAAUGAGCCGGCGUCGAAGCGCCCUCGUGUCUUAACAGUUGCGGAGAAUGUUCUCUGCUGGGAACAUUUAAAGCCUCAUCUUCAAGAAUUCUCGCGCCUUCAUCCUGACGACAAUAUGUAUGCGCCCAGUUACGAUGGUCGCGCCUACUUGAAGAAGAGCUUUGCGCACUACCUCUCUUCUCAUGUUUUUAAAACGAAUGUUUCCGAGAAGGAUGUUUUGGUUAUCUCUGGAUCUGGAGCUGUUAUGGAUGUAAUGGGAACUGCCUUGUUGAACCCUGCUAUGGACGGAAACAAGUCGGAUGCGUUUAUCUGCAUCACUCCGUGCUACAACUCGUUUGAGAACAACUUCACUCUGCGAACGGGCGCCGUGAUGUACGGCGCCGACACGAUGAAGAACAAUUACGUUGUCACGGAUGCGAUUCUGGAAGAAGCCUAUCAGAAGGCCGAAGCGGAUGGCCGCAAAGUGAAGCUCUUGGUGUUCACAAACCCGAACAAUCCCACGGGCACCGUGUACUCGCUGGACGAGAUGCGGACCGUCCUUGCGUUCUGUCGACGCCACUCCAUUCACUUGCUGUCCGACGAGAUCUACGCGCUCUCCGUGAAGCCGCAAUCCGCUGCGAAGGCCGAGAGCGAGAACGCGUUCGUGUCGUUCGCCAAACUGAUCGAGAAUGACCCCAUUCAGGACGAUGUCUCCAUCUUGUGGGGAUUCAGCAAGGAUCUCGGACUCUCCGGGUUCCGAUUGAGCGUGCUGGUGACGCGGAAUCGCAGUCUGCACACCGUGCUGAACGAGCUCUGCCACUUCUGCGAGGUGCCCGCGAACACGCAGAGCUUCGCUGCGAAUAUGCUGGACGACGAGGCGUUCAUGAAGGAACACGUCGAGAUCUUGCAGAAGCGCGUUCUGGAGAUGCGGCAGCUGAUGGAGAAGGAGCUGACGCGGAUGAAGAUCCCGUUCUGCAAGGGCUAUGCGGGGUUCUUCUCGUGGAUCGACCUGCGCGCGUAUCUGAAGGAAGACUCCUUCAAGGGGGAGCAAGAGCUGUGCAGAUUCCUCUACGACCACGGAAACAUCAUCGUCGCGCCCGGCAGCAAGUACCACGCGAGCCAGUUCGGCUGGGCAUGCGGAGCGCCCUGCAGGGCUUGGAGAAGGCGUUGA